GUGCAAAAUAACCGGCGGCGUAUGGACUUGCACCAUCACCACCGACCGACAGACAAUCAUCGUUCAGGUACAGUUGUCCAGUAUGAAUUAUAUCCUAUUCAAACAUUAGAAAAAAAAUAUACUAUAAUAGCGACAGCGGUAUCAGACGAAAGAAUAUUGCAGUGGCGCCCGCAGUGAGCACCCACUGACUGUAUACUAUUUUAAAUAUUCAAUAUAAUUGAUGAAGUAUUAUUUUACCUAACCCUAAUAUUUUUCUCGUGAUUUUAUAUCCGUUUAAAAAUAAAUUAUAAGAAAGGAAAAAAAUUUACAUACCGCAGUAUAAUAGCCCAUAAUAAUUAUUGUUUAUGAUUAUAAUUAUGCAUUAUGAUUUAUACUUAAUAUGAUUUAACGAUAAUAUUAAACCCGUAAAAAAAUAUUGUAAUAAUAACAGUAGAAUGUAUACAGAAUAUUCAAUGUAGUCGCAUUUUCGAUUUCCAAGUCGAACAAAUUCGUUUAAAGGUGUGAGUAACCGAAUAGGCAUAAAUAGAUCUUCAAUUUGAAGACAGAGUGACGAAAUGAGAUGAGAUGAAAUGAAACAAUCGAUUUUAGGACUACAGAUCAGUGAGUGAAAUGCCUCGAGUAAAAUGAUAUCUUAAAAUCAUGAUGUUGAAUAAUUUAAAUUCGCAAAAUGUGAAAUUAAAUGUACCAAAAUAAUCGCAUAAAUCUCAUCUGAAUAUAAAAGAUACCUACCCGAGUAUAAUGACAAUAACCUUUAUAAUAUCAUGAUUAGGGCAGCAGACAUGUAUCAUUUGCAUAUGUAUUUUCUUUUACACAAUCAAAAAUAUGGGAGAGUAAGAAACAAACACGUACUAUGUUUCGACAAAGCUCAAUUUGUAAUUUUAUUUUGUUAACAAAUGAAUAAUUUUUAAUUUUUUCUGGUUUUAAGUCAUAUUUCUUUCAUUUUAUAACUUUUGAGGAACAUGUCAAUAUUUUCCUGAUCGGCGUUUUUAUUUUAUUUAAUAAUAUAACCAAAAUUGUUAAAUAUAAAUCAAUAUUUACCAUCAUAUUAUAAUAUGGUUGUUGACUGCAGACGCACGUUUUUUCCUAAAAACGAUUGACAAUCACCGAUAAGAUAAAUUUGUCUGUUAUAAUUUUAUUUAUAAACAGUAAACACGUUGUCUAUAUCCUGAAAUUUCCGAUAGGACGAUAUCAAAAUAUUAAUAUUUAUUAAUUAAUAAAUCAUUCAUCAUAUUGUUCUAUGAAAAAUAAAUAAAAAUAGUAACCUAAAAUCAAUAUAAAUUUCUACAAGGUACCACUAUUAACGUAAUUAACUCAUUAAAUCAAUAAAAAGUUAUUAUUUAAAACUAAAUUGCUGUGUAAUUAACAAAAUUGUUAAAAAAUUAUUUAUAUAUUUCAACUAAAGCCCUAAAGAAAAAAUAUUAGAGCAUAUUUUUAGUGCAUAAUAUUAUAGGGGUUUUAAAUACACGAGUGCUUACAUUUUUAAUUCAUUUUUAUAGAGCUACAAGUCUUCUGUCCUAAUCAGGAUAAAUGUUUAUUUUCGUUAUAAAAAUUAAAGUGUAGAUAUGGACCUAUUCAAUUAACAUUUAUUAUUUUAUUUAUACUAUUAUUUAAUUAAUAUUGUACGCGUUGUACCAAUACUUUAAAAUGAUUUUAUUCUUUGUAAUAUCUAUCGAAUCCAAGGCGGAUCAGAAUAUAAAAUCAACAAGAAAUGCUUUUGAAAAUUACUCAAUUUGGAUCAUAUUAAGCUACCUUCAUUUUCAAAUGUGAACGAAACAUUGAAUUUAUUUUCAAUUAUAACAGAUAUUAUUUUAUAGUAAAGAAAAUUAUUUCUUAUGCGAGUUGUAUGACAUAACAAUAAUAUUUACAAGAUGAGCUAUAGAUCAGUGACAACAUUGACAACGGUGACUCGAAAAUUCUUUUCAUUACCAAAUUAUAAAACUCAUGGAAUGAGUCAGAUGACUCUCUUUUUUUAAAACUAUCUGGAGUAGUACGAAAUUAUAACUCUGUCUCUCACAAAAUGAUAAGACCGUCAAAGUUAAUAUCGGAUUACGCUAUUUUAUUUAUUUAAUAAUUAUCAUGAGAUAGUGGUAAUUAUAUUAAAAAAAAAGAAAACAUAAAAAACUGAUACUGGAGACAGCUAGGUGUGCUACUAUUGUAGCUGGGAAUUUUGAAAGGUAGAAUACAUAAAGUUAUUUAAUUUUUACCUGUAGGCAACGAUAAACCAUUGCUAAUGAAAAAAAAUUCAGAGCAAGUUCGGUUAUACAUGUUUUAAUAGACCCUAUAUAAUAUAGACGAUUUUCGUCAAAAUUUGAUAUAAAACUCUUAAAAAAAAUAAUAAUAAUAAUAAUUUACCAUCUAGUAAUAAAAUUAAAAAUAAAACCAAAUUGUAUUUAUCUUCCUCAUUGACAGAAACCACUUUUAAAAUUUAAUUAAAAAUCUACUUUCAUCAUAAUUUUCAUGAUAUUGGGGGGGGGGGUUUAAUCAUUAAACCCCUACCCUUGUACACGCUCCUGGUAAAUAGUAUGAUUAUUAUUACAUUCGUGUGAUCAUAUUAUGAAAAAAGACAACUAUAAUUUUUUUUAAUUACUCUUAGAGUAGAGAAGCAAUUAAUUUGCAUCUUGGAUAAAAAUGGUGGGGUAGCAGUUGUUAUUCCUCGCUACCCCAUUAUGACGCCUAUGCAUGUCAUCGAAAAUCUAAUUUAAAUUAAAUUUCUUUUAAAUGUAGUCAAAAACGUAAACAAUUUACGUUAUGCAUAAUUGUAAAUUGUUAAUAGAUAUUUGUAUUUUGUAUCAUAGUAUUACCCAAGGGGAGUUUUAUUGUUUUUCAUAUUCUAUUAAACCAUUUUUACUCGAAAUUCGAUAACAAAAAAAUUAUUUUUAAAAUGUUACCAUAAAUUUAUACUCUCAUAUGUACACGCGAGUACCAAAAAAAAAAAGGUUUGUGGUUGGAUUUCAUCGAUGGCAUAAUAACUAAUAGCCACACUAUAGUAUAAAUAUUUACGUCGUGCAUGUCUUAUUUAUAUUUGAAAACAAUUAAGAACUACUUAUAUAAAAACGUUAAUAAAUAUUUACAUAGGGCACUAAAUGUACAUUGCCUAAGCGAAUCUACGACGCAAUGUUGCUAUAUGUACCGAACAUAUUUUAAUAAUUGCUUCGAAAAAUGUGUGCCGAAUUCCACGGAGAACGCAUUUUUUAUCGGAUUUUACGUGGCUUGAGCAUGGUAAAUUUUUCAUUUUCGCUGUAAUUUUCUAUAUAUAGUCUUUAUAUAUAUUUUUUUUUUUCAUAAAUACUCAUGACGUUCAAUUAAAACUAAAGUGAAAGGACAAAUUACAAAUAAAAGACAAUUUUUAUAUAAUUCGUUUUUAAUCUAAAAUUAUUAUUUAUAAUAAUACAUUAAACAAUUAAAAUUAAACCUAUAUGUAUGUAAUUUUCAGCAAAAAUAUUUUAUACAUUUCUGAAUCUAUUGCAUGUGACAAUAUCUCUUUCAAUAUGGAGUAUUGACAAGUUGGUCAACCUAUCAUUGGCAAUUUUGUUUUUAAUCCAAUUCUUUGGAUUACCGGUGAUUCAUUUAAGUGUACACUCAUUAUCUCGGAAAGUAGGUCUUCAUUUUUUUCGGAUUUUGUUUUCUAGUUCUUUCAAGAAACAAAAACAAACAGCUCUAGAAUUUUAUAUUUAUAUUAUUUUUUGUCACCUUGACGACUAUGGAUAAAAUACGACCAAUAAUACUCCGCUCAGAAUUAUUAGCAACAUAGAAAAGAAAAAAAAACCGCCCGAGGCGCCUUUUGCCUCCCCCCUAUUUUAACAUGACAUUGAUCGUAUAUAAUACGUUGAAAUGUUGAAUGACGAACGUGUUUCGUAUAUACUUCCGUAUAGAUUAGGUCGGGAAAUAUUACUACAGCGUAUACUCGUAUCCGAGAUAAUAUAAAUGUUUGUACGCGGGCCACUAUAGUUAAUUGUAUUUAGGUUAAUUAAUAUUACGUUUAUAGUGUUUAGUAUUUAAUACAAUAAUAAUAAUUAUCAUAUUAAUACGGGCGUUUGUGAUGUACACCUGCAGUACGAUAACGCGUGUUUAUUUUCUUUGACGGUGAAAUUAAUAUCGCUAUAUACGCACAGAAAUGAUAGCCGUCAACCGACCCAGUGUAGUUUGCACCGAGACCGGAUGCCGUCUGUGUUAUUAAAAAAUCCAUCACCGGUGGUGUACAUAACAUAAUACACAAUAAUAUAUACUGGGUAUACUCGCAUCGCAAGUACAUAUAAUAUAUUAUUUAUGUAUGGUUAUUAUAUAUUUACAUCGUACGAUGAAUCGUGUCGGUGCGGUGAAAAAAAUCGCGACAGUCUGUCUGUAAAAAACGCUUAGGCGGUGCGGCGGCGGCAUCGGCGGCUUUUUGUUGUUUUACAAUAAUCGCCGGCAGACUAUAUAUUAUAGUAUUGUAAUAUUAUAAAAACUAUAGUACGUAUAAUUAGAAAUAAUAUUGUAAUCAACCGACAGCCUCUUAUCGCGGUAUUAUAUAUACACGCGCCAAGACCCGCGGAUGAUAAUCAUAAUUUUAUACGUACCAAUAUACCUAUACUGUAUUAUACCUAUAUAUUUUAAUAUAUAUAUAUGUAAACACCGACGAUGACGACUAACUGGAGUACAAUAUGACGGAUGAUUUUUUAAGCAUACUCGUUCCAUUCUGAGCGGAUGGGAAAAAUCGGAAAAUUCACGAAAUUUAUUAUUUUCAAUUUUAAUUUUUGUAGUGAUUCAGUUAAAAAUAUUUAUAUAACGAUUUUAAAAUUGGACAGAAAACUUAUAUUUGCCUUUUCUAGACGUGAUAAAAGUUUUUAAAACAUUUAGCCAUUUUUGAGCUAUUUAUAUAGAUAUUUUAAUUUUGCGAAUUUUUUACGUAAUUUUUAUUCGGUAAGUAAUCUGUGGAUAAAAUUGUGGAACCAAACAAAAAUGUUUAAAAAAUCAAAUAAAAAAUUCAUUAAAGGUCGUAUUUUGUGGUAAAAAAAAUUGAGUGUAUGUAGACAUUUUUACAUGAAAAUUUUAGUAUCAAAUUUUGAUGUAAAUCGUAAAUGUUAUACGGCUUUUCAAAACAUGUAUAACCGAACUCCGCUUAGAAUCGUUUUUCAUUAGCAGAGAUUAAUUAUUGUGUAUAUAGCGAUGUAUAUUAAAUUCCUCUCUAUAUUAUGCUACUUUCCUAACUUCUCACUUACAACAUUGGCCCACAAAUCAUGUGACAUAUCUCUAUCUUUUUAUGGAAUUUUUAAGUAGAGUUAAAGCCGAUAUUUUCGAAUACUUACAUUUUUCACAGCAUUUAAGGAGUAUCCUGUGGCGAUAACAACUUUGGUUUUUCAAAUGAGAACCAAUAAUAAAAAUUUAAUAAAUAGACGGAGUAUUAAUUAGAUUAAAUUUUCGUGUCAACAUUUUUGAUAUCCGUCAAUCCGUUUACAAAAUAUUUCACUUUUAAUUUAAGGUAGGGGAAGAGUUGUAGUUGAGCAUUAAUAAAACGUCGCGUACCGUGUUGCAACACAAAUAAUACUCCACUACUUUCCCCCUAUCUAAAAUUAAAAAUGAAAUAUCUCGUCUACAGGUAGAUAGAAAUCAAAAGUUUUAACACCAAAAAUUUAUUUAAAGUAAUACUCCAUCUAUUUAUAUAAUUUUUAAUAUAGGUUCUUAUUUGAAAAACCAAAAUUGGUAUCGCCACAGGAUACUCAUUAAAUGUGAAAAAUUCGAAAAUAUCGGCUUUAACUAAAUAUAAAAAUUCUAAAUAAUUAUAAUUUGAAUGUAUUUAACUAAACAAAUCGGAUGAGCACGUUUAGUGAAUCACCCUGUAUACACAAUUAGGUAGUGAAACGGGUAAUUUCUUCCGGAUUACGUAUUGUAUGUGCGAAAAAAUAAUAUGUGGAAACGCAAUAUUACCCGAUAGUGACGUGAGGGUUAUCCGUAUUUUAUGAAUAUGACGAUUUUUUUCCAUUUUCCAAAAUCUAAAUUUAUAUAAAUCCAUUAUUUAAACAUAAAAAUGGAAAUGCAUAUUAACUACACGAAUUAUAGUAUACAUACUAUAUUGGUAUAUUAAAUUACUAUACUUUAUUAUUUAUUGUAAAAGCACAAUAAUUGUUUUUAAUUUUCAAACAAUGAUAUAUUUUAUAGAUUUGCCUUUUGAUUCCGUUGCGGAUUGUGUCUAAAACCACUCGUCGGUCAAUCACAGAUAACCUUAGCAAUAAUUAAUUAAUAAAAUGAAUACAUCAUUAUCGUUAAAACAAAACAAAUGUUUGAAAUAUAAAUACUGCACAGGAAAAAUAUUAUAAUAGGCGUCGACAAAACACUAACUUGCGGUCAUGAGAAAAUUGCUAAGAAUGUCUAAACAAAUAUAUAUUAUUAGAUAAAAUGAACGAUUUUUUUUUUGUUUGAUUUUAAAAUAUUGCCAUUGUGUGUACCACAGAAACAAAUAAACCGAACAAUCUAUACAUAAUUAGGUACCUAUAGUUACCUAUGAUAUUUCUCAGUCGUAUAUUUUAUUGUUUUGUAUCAACAUCGUAUUGUUUUUGCACCUAAUAUUGUUGAAUAUAUUAUUAAAUACGUUUAAUGUUAGUUUUCAUAACAGUGACGGAUCCAAGGAGGACCUAGGGGCCAAGCCCCCCAGACAUAUUAUGUUUCCGAUAUUCUUUUUACAAUUCUAUAGAUCCUGAUAUUACUGUAUUCCAAUCACUGAUAUGUAUGAGAAAAUAAUAUACAUAAUAAAUUUAAUUAUAUUUUAAUUGUAUUUGUGUUGUAAAACAAUUGUUGCCCCCCUCCACAGAUCUUUGCUCUGGGUUUGUUCCUGUUUCAAAAAAUAGGCUCUAAAUUAAUAUCCGAUAAGCAAAAAAAAAAAUGUCACGAUACUCGGAACUAUUGAAGUAAUCGUAUUCGAAAAGUGUUUUAGUUACUUGUUUGCUUGUGCAUUCAAUAUACAUAUUUUAUGUAACAAUAUUCGUUAUAUAGCUAUAGCUCCAAAACUUUGGUGUAUAAAUGUUUGGUGUAGGCCGCAAGGUUGAAAUACAAAACUAAUCUAUCUAAUCACUUAUGGCGUGAAAAGGGAGAGAGGUAAACUUGAGUUUACACGUCUUCUUUUACAUGUAGACUACCAUAAAGUUUACUAAAUGGGUGUACAAAUUAAUUUUGUCUCACAUUUUUGAAAUGUCACUGUUUACUUAUACUAUUUAUCAAUUUAUGAAUAGAUAUUGCGGCAGCGGAGAAUUAUCGCGAAAAAAUUAUUGUCGGUUAAAACGUGAAAAAAAAAUAUGAAUAAGUGUAGAUAAUAACUGUGUCGAUCUGUUACUAUUACCUAAGUGAAAAUCUAUAAUAUUGUGAUCGGAGUGUUAACCAACCACCUAAGAUAUACCUAGGUAAAGUUUUUUAAUUUUCUUCCGGCUUUAUCUUAACCCGUAAUAGCUUUUCGUUAUUAUUAGGUUCGGGGACCAAUUAGUUAUGUCUUGUACAACAUCCCAAAACACCUUAAACCAACUCUGUGCAAUUACGAGUCGGUUCGGGGCAAACACGAAUAUAUGGAGUCUGUAAAUACACCGGUGGCCUACUGUAUCUGGUACCAAAUGAUUAUCGCAAGAGAUACUUAUGUAUCAUAGUAUGUAUUGCUCUAUGAAACUACAAAACGCUCUUUAAAAAAAAAAAUAUAUAUAUAUAUAUAUAAAGUAAUUACCUGAUUGUCAUAAAACAUUUUACAAUGUUCGACAAUAUUGCAAUUUCUUGUUAGCAUUCAAACAAAAUACAGAUAUGCGUGGAACUAACCUGUAACAAAACGAGCGUCGCACAACAAACUUUUGAAAACGAAUGCAAAAUGCAUUAAAACCCUGCCUUAGUUAUUAUUAUACUCUUGCAGUUAUUCGACGCACAUUAUUGUACAAUAAUGCGCGCAAGAAAUGACGGCAUUUUCUAUUCUUCCUUUCCAAUUUCCAAAUUCUCCGGGAAGCUCGGAGAAGAGCACGCGAGUAGAAAAAAAAAACGGUUUUUAAUUUCUUCAAAGAGACCGCUGCGUUAUAUUAGCGCGUGUUUACGUUUCGUAAUUAGACGUAGGCGUACAAAACACACACACAUACAUACGGGAAAUAAACGCAAUCGUAAUAAUCAUAAUCGCGUGUGUAAUCAUUUAUAAUUAUAGCUUCGGCCGUCACAGAUUUGUCGUCGUGGAUGUUUUGGCUUGAAGCCCUAACGUGAUUUUUGUUUUUUUUUGUAGUUUUUAUUUUUUGGCUAUUACACGCUGCCACCGCCGGCGUGGUGGUAUAAAUAUAAAACCUUCGGAAUGUCUAUAUUAUAAUAUGUAUAAUAUGCCUGAAAAGCGCGUGCGUGUACACUAAAUAUUAAAUUGAAUUUGGAAUUGUUGUCAAUUUGUCCGCAUAAAUUUACCAAUACGUAGUCGUUGUUGUUUUUGCCACUCGUUUACAUUCAAUAAUAUUAUUUAUGUAAAUACGGAUGCGUUUACGAACUUCAGGCAGACGGAAACCGGGAAGGAACCGUAUCGUUUGAGUCCGAUAAAAAUUUACCUACAGUUUAUAUCAAAAAAGAUACGAGAGGGGGACUUGGAGUAUUUGAUAGAUUAAGAAGAGUUUUUUAAUUUAAUUUAAAUUUUUUUUUUACUUAUUAGAAUAUACUUCUGCCGUUUAAUUUAAUAAUAUACUCACUCAGAAUAAUGAACCUUCGGAUUCAGGGAAAAAGAGCUAAUGUCGAUGUUGUAUAGUUUUCAGUACAAAUUAAUUCAAUUUUGAAAAUACAUAAACUAUACACCAAAUAAAAGGAAACAAAUUAAAUAAGACAAAAUUAUGAAAAAAAAAAAAAUUUAAUUUCUUUCUUUCUUGAGAAGAGAGAUAAAGGUACCAAAAAAAUAUGUGGUUAUCUUUGUGAAACAAAAAAAAAAAAAAAUAAUAACCAAUAUUGGUGAUGAGUGUGUCACUCUUGUGGGUGAAUAUGUCGAGAAAAUAGGAUAUAUAAUGUUAUUUAAUUUAUAUUUGUAUGCAAUAAUUAAUCAUUGCUAACAAGCUACAAUUCUGAACAAAGUUCAGAAUCGUUUUUUGAAUUGCCGUAGUUUUUACAAUUUUCAUUAAAAUAUAAACUUUAAAUGCAUAUAAAUAAAAAGACUAUAUUAUACUCAAAUAAGUUGUUUUUUUUUGGACCACUAAGUACAACUUUUGAUGAAUAUUAUGUAAAAUAGCCUAUAAAUAACAUUUGACCACGUCUAUAUAUAAGCAGUGGGGCAAUUUGAUAAUAAGGAGCCUAUGUGAAAAUUUCCAGACGGGACCCUAAGUACCUGCUAAUAAAAAUUAAAAACAGUCAUACUUUAUUAUAACAACACACUAACAUAAUUAUGCAUAAUAAUAUAAGAAGUUUCUAUUAUAGUCUAUAUACUCUGUACCUACUCACAUUCUGAUGUCCGAUACCUAUAAAGUAUACGGCUAUACUGUACACAGGUUUCUCACAUAUGUACUCGUAAGUCGCAAUUCAAUUUAUCUAAACUCAAAAGAGUAGACAUUAUUAUUCAUUUUUAUUAAAAAAAUAAUAUAAUAUGUGUAUGAGAGAGGGGGGCACAUUGAGAUAACAGAUAACAGAGAAUAAAAUCUAGUAUAGUAGGAAUAUCGUACAUGAGAUCUCGGGGUCCCCCAAAACCGAAGGCACCUGUGAAUUGCACACCCAACACUCCCGAUAAUUGCGCCACUGUGUAUAAGGCUAAUAUAAUUAUUCUCUGAUAAUCUCAGAACUACGAUUAUUUUUAACCGAAUUACAACAAAAAAAGGCUGAUAUACUUCGCACGAUAGAUUCACUGAUGUAGAAGUUAGUAAGGUAGGAUAUAGAGGAUAAUUUAAUUUAUAUCUGUACGCAACGAUAAACCAUUUCUAACGAAAAACUAUUCGGAAUGAAGUUUUUUAGAUACAUCUACGUACAUUUUUCGAUUUUUCCUACGUUUCUUCCAGGUUUUUCCCCAACCAUUAUGAAAACCGAAUGGAAAAUCUAAUACGGUGUAUUAACACCGUUAUAUCGAUCCAAUCCGAUUCGAUAGCCCGACUAACAUAUAACAGUCUUAUAUACUCAUCCGAAAUUUGUGGCUACAUUAUUUCCGAUUUCGUGCCAAUUAUUAUCUACUCGGACAUAUAUUUAUAUUAGUAUAAAAAAAGAAGAAAAUCGAAUCGAUAUGUUUCUCUCCUGAUGUAUCCGACUAUAAUUCUAAUUAUUAUAUUAUUUUAAAUUUUCUAAGUAUUUAAAUUACUUUCUUUUUAUCAUAGAGUGAUCAGAGGAAAAAACUAUUUUUCUAAUUGAUUAAGUAAACCUUUAUUAUGGGAUCCUGAACACAGUAAUCUUUUAAAAAAAGGACGCAUGGAGGGAAAUAGCCGCUGCUAUACUGGAGAAGUGUAUCGAUGACUGCAAAAGGAAGGUUGUUUGCUUGUUGGCAAGUACUAACGUUACUGAGACGUGGCUGUUGGUACUGGACCUAGGUUCAUUGUUGUAGGUUCGUUGUCGGUAUUGAUUUGCGAACGGAUCGAAAGUGUGUACAUGACAUUAACGAUACAUGAUACGAACCCUUCGCGAGCGGUUCGUGGUAGGUUCGACUUGCAUAUAUAUACGCGGCUUAGGAUUGAGUUUGAUCGGUUCGGAAACGACUCUAAUGUAGACGAAGAGCUAGAUGUAUUUUAUCUGAAAAUAUAUUUUUGGAAAAUAUAGUAUCCGAAAAAUAUUCAAUAGAAACGUAUUUUAUCGCAAAAAAUAUUUCAAUAGAAAAUAUUUUAACCAAAAAAUAAAUUCGUCGAAAAUAAUCGUUAUCUUAUCACAAAGCAUAUAUUGUGUAUGAUACUAAGAUAUUAGAUAAAUAGGUAUGUAGUGUCUAUGGAAGACGUAUAGAUAGUGUUUAGUUCGUCAAGAAGAGAGAGCUCUUGUAGUGACGACUCGAGUUCUUUUAUGAUCAUAAUUCAUAAAAUCCAUUAAAUUAACCAUAGCUUAUAGGCUACAGCUUAAUUAAAAAUUAAUUUAUCCAUACGAUACGGUAUAUUAUCUAUAAAAAGUGACAGAAAUACCUUAGGUAUUCCUUAUCUCUUUCCAUCACACUGUUUUUGUGAUAAGUUAACUAAUAUUUUUCGGUCAAAAGACGUUUCUGACAAAAUAUUUUUCGAAUAAAUUAUUUUCCGACUAAAAUGCUGUUCGGAUAAAAUAUUUUCGGAUAUUUUACGAGUUCCCAUGUGAGCUACCUAUAAUAAUAAUAAUAAUAUUAUUAUUGCAGACUGCAGGCAUCCGUCGACCCGACGUGAAUUUGUAUAGGAAGGGCGGCGACGGCCUGUAAUCGCGAUGUUUGCCAUCGUUUGUUUGUCGAUUUGUCUGCCGCAUAAUAAACACGACGCCGCCGCCGUAGGAAUAACAAACAGCGGUGACGGUAGCGGGUCGGCUAUUAGCCGCGGUAGCGCGCUCGUUUACGGAUAAAAACCUUUUUCGCUCGUUCGUCGCGCCCGGAAACAAAUAAGAAUCGCACGCAACAUAAUCCGUCGAGCGGAUUACCCGUGCCCGGGACGCGUACAACAUUAUAGGUAAAGAAUAAUAUUUACGCGCGCCUAUAAAAUAUCGGGAACGGGGGUCGGGUCCGUCGUGGUCGUCGCCGUCGUUUUUCGAGUGCGGUUGGAAGACGUCGAUUCGCGAGCGGGCAUACACCGCCGUUAAACGUCGGGCGCCGGAAGUCGAGUGUGUGUGUAUAUAAUAUUAUAUUUACACGCGGAUCGCGUGCGUGCGGAUACGCGGCGUUUUUAAAAGUGGAACUCGUCCCGGCGGCGGCGAUGGCGACGGCGACGGCGAUAUAUCAGAAGACGCGCGGAAAGAUUCCCCGAGUAUCGUUUGUGUAUACCCUAGACGCCGCCGUCUGUGUAGCCGGGUGCGGUGUAUACGGUAGUAACGCGCGCGCGUAUAUUACAAUAUGUAGCGCGUAACGGGGACCGAAUAUAAUUAUAAUUCGUAAUAAUAAUUGUAGUAAUAAUCGUAACGGGGAUCCCCUCCGCCCCGUCGUCGUGCGUAUUGUACUCCGCGGCGCGCAAGUCUCUUUUGCAGUGCCGCGGUGCGCGAAAACACGUGUAAAACACGGCGGCAGCGGUGACGGCAAUAAACGAGACGCGUACGCACGCGCUCUGGAGGAAUAGAAGAGGUGUAUUGUAAUGUUGUGUAUUACUGUGUGUAUACGUAUAUAACAUUACCGUCGCAUCGUCGUCGUCGUCGCCGUCGUCGUCGUGACGGUUAUUGCGGUCGCGAUAUAAGAAACAAACCGGCUAAUUAUAAUGUAAAUGUGAAAAUGAGCGACUGCCGUCAAAGGGACGACCGCAAUUAUAUCGCCGGCUAUAUACUACGUGUAUAUACAUGUGUAUAUAUAAUAUGUGUCCCUUAUACCCGGACCCGCUAGCCCCGAAGCAAAAUAUAUCACUCGCGCGCACACACGCCGCGCGACGUCUUUGUUCUAAUGCCGCCUACGCCGCCGCCGCCACCGUCUCCUCCUCCAUCCCCUCCACCACCACCUCCUCCUCCUCCUCCUCCUCCUUUCAUUACUCUCCUACGCCCGUUAUACGCCGCCGGGCCCCGAGGUUGUCGUCAAAUUAGUUUGGUCCCGCCAGUGUAUAACAUAAUAUAUAUAUAUAUAUAUAUAUAUAUACAUAUACAUAUACGUAUUACAUACGUAUUACAUACGUAUACGUCGUGUAUACGCGAGAGAAACACAAAAAACUCGUGUACACACCGGCGGCGGCGGCGGCGGAUAGAGAGACCGGCGGCUCCGUCGCGGCAGUAGAUCACGUCGCCUGUCUAAAAUAUCGUAUUUUGUGUACACGUAUAUAUACAUACAUUAUUAUUAUUAUUAUUAUUAUGCGCCCGUCGUCGUUUUGUCGCCGCCGCCAAUUAAUUAUAAUUAUCUCGGGUGUUUAAAAAAACUUCCGUUGUAUUUUCGUUUAUCCGGCGGCCGGCCAGCCGCGGUACGGCGUAUCCUCCCGAACCCGUUUCCGCCAUCGUCGUCGUCGCCGGUGUUCCGCAGGUUCCGGCGCACGUUUUCCGGUACCUACACAUAUUAUAUACGUACCGGUAGCGUUUACAGUAUACGUACGUGAAAAUAAAAAUUUUAAAAAAACAUUAGGUACCGCGACGGAGUAAACCCAUAGUAUAAGUAGCGUAUAUUCAUACGCCCGACGCUGAUACGGUUUUUUAAUGCGAAUUGUCCGGGUUCGGUGAUUCGCGUCCCGAAAAUAAAAUGUUAAACCAGAACUAGGCGAAUUGCGGCCCGGAUAUUUUUUACAGGUAGGUGAAUUGCGUCCCCGAAAUAUUUUUUAUUUAUAUGUACAAUAAAUGCAUAAAAUACACAUUCAAAACUUGCAUUGCAACAGAUGAAAAUUUCCCUCCAAAUUUACGGGCUGAAUUUGCACCAACGACAAAUCGGACAACCAACUUUAUUGAUUUUUUAAAAAAUAUUCAGUUUGAAACAUACAUGAAAGUACGGAGUAACGGACAAAGAAAAUCCCGUCAAAUUGUCGAAAAAGAAAAUUAUAUACGAGAAAAAAAUGUUUGAUCAUAAUAAUAAAUUAUUGACCAGAUUCGAUUACAUCAAAGCCAAACGGCUAUUUUUAUUUAAAUAUUUACCUUUUUAAAAUAUAUAACCUGCAAAUUACCUAUUAUAUAAAACAGGGUCACAAUUCACCUAGCUUUAUGAAAAUGGGACGCAAUUUGCCUAACGCCGAAUUGUUGGCGUACACCGGGCACGUUAUCCGGUCCACCGGAUUGAAUAAUAAAUGGUAAACACGUCACGGUUUUACACGACGGGGCCGCCGGGCUAGUCGGACCGCUGUCGCGGGCAUCCGAACGCGCGUCGAAAGCGUUUCGAGUCGUGUAGACCAGUUCCUUUCAUUCAACCGCCAAUGGCUCACCCCGAUUUGCCUUUGACCAUUGGCGAAACGACUCGUUCGUCGGAUUCGCGUCGUGUAAACCCUCGGUCUUACAGGAGAUUUGCUAUAGGGAGUAAAUACGAGACAGCAAGGAGGCCCGAGCACGGGAAUACGAAUAUAAUGCCCCGUUUACAUUCAGCCCAUUUCCGCGGCAGUGAGCAGAGAAGUGAGCAUGAAAGUGGACAGCGCGAGUAUGUAUAAACACGUCAACCGCGCUAACCGUACGCUCCUCGGAUUGUCGCUGCUCUACGUUCCCGUCAACAGCGGUGAAUUGAGCAGUGCGAGCAACAACCUAAUCGGCACAUAUUAGCAGGGCAGUGUAUAUAAUGUGAACUGCCUACGACGCUGCCACUGAAGCAUUUACGGAAUUAAACACACCAACGCGGCGGAGCUACGGCAAUGGCUGAAUGUAAAUGCGAUAUAAUAUUAUAUAAAGCCGACUCUACGUUAAAUUGCACGUACCUAAAAUGUGAUUUUAUAUACACUUCUCGUGAUUCACGCGUAUAUAUGUCAACGUAGUCGUGAUUAACCGUAAUGAAACCGUCUCAUUGUUUUUCCGUUAUGCGCGCGCCCGACACGCUUCCGAAUUCGGAAUCCCUACACCGAUCCGGCGUUACUGCAAUACUGUCCGUCCGGAGUAGGCAGUUUUUACGGAAAUAAAAUUAGGGUAGGCGUAUAAUAUGACAGUAGGCAUUGUACAAUAUAUUUUUGGCGUGUCUCCUCUGCAUUGCACCGUCCCUAUUCGCAAACUGGCGUACCCUCCUCGAGCCAUGUUGUAACGUGGAGUGGUCGGACUAUAUAUACUCCCGCGCAUUUUCCGACGGCAGCUGCGCGUAAUAUUCUUUUGCUCGUCGGGUCAAUAAUUAAUGACCGACGACAUCGCCGCCGCCGCCGUAGUCUGCAGCAGAUAUGUACGGGUCCGCCCGGCACUCAUUAUAAUCCCAACCUGAUUCUCAUUAUGUCUAGUCUUCGGUCGGGGCACAAGGGUUAAAACGUAUAAACGCCGGCGACGGACGCAUACAGCUGCAGCCCCGGUCCCGUGUCUUGUUAUUGUAGUAAUAUUCAUCGUCGGUAUAUCGCAUUAUAUUCGGGUAUCUGUAAAUAUAGCCGAAACUGUGCAAUAUAACAUUGGCGAGUUCAAAAUUAGAACACUGUUUCCCCCAAUUAGGCUAGGCCAGGUCUAGUCGUGUUUACCUAUAAAUAGUUAGGUAUAUUCUUAAAUUUGUUAUUAUGUACGCUUUUUCGGAUGAUAUCGACACAUUAUGUUGCUUACUCGCAUACUAUGACUGCGUAUUUCAUUAGUUCUUAGGAAGAAGGGCCAAAGUCAAUUUAUUAUGUACGAGUUUCGUAACACAUGUUACACCGAAAAUUAAAUUAUCUUUAGUCACUAUGGACUAUGGUUACUUAUAGUAACUUUUGGACUUAUGGUAACUUUUUGUUUGACAAACAAUUAAACCAUUUAGGCUAUGAAGUAUACGUAAUGUAGCUGUUAAGAAAUUGUGUCAGUAUGCCAAUUAGUAGUUUUCAAUAUUGAAAUCAAUACAAAAUUGACUUAAGUCCUUCCCUGGGACCAAAGACAUAUUAUAUAUCAUAGGUUUUAUUCGGUGAACUUAAUUUAGGCAAACACACUCGGAGGAUCACAGAACUACGGUAUAAUGUCUGAUUUGCACUUGAUCAUUAUCAAAAUAGUAUUGAACAUAAUACAUAGCAAAAUGUGUCAUUAGCCGAAUUGUUUUUUUUUUUUUUUUGAAGUUUAGUAAUUUAUCAACUAAAGCUUAGAUAAAAAUUAGAAAUUCGACUAUUACUUUUUUAUUAUAAGGCAAUAAAAAUUUGUUGCUAGUGGAAUUUAAUUGUCUAUUAUUUGGACAUUAUAAUCACGUAAAAUAUUAUAGACACUUUGAUUGAGUUCUUGUGCGGUAAAAAUCGUAAACAAAAACACGUUAUAAUUACAUUCAUAUAAUUACGUUAAAAAGUUUUGGUUGGAAAUUUAAACUAUUAUAUCCGUUUAAAUAAAUUAUAACUAAUUAUUAUUAAAUAUUAUGACCAAUGUAUGAAAACGAUUUACUGAACAUUUUGUAAACCGAAUUAGUAUAUAAUUUAGAUAUUUUAUUAAUUGAUAAAACAAGAAAUGGACAUUUAUUAAACAAUGCAAUAAUAAUUGACCAUGCAAUCUAUAAAAAAACUGAAUAAAAUGAUAAUAUUUCAAAAACAUUAUGUCAUAUCGUUAUAUGUUCAUUCAAUAAACCGUUUUUAAACGCUUGAAACAAUUUUAAUUUCUUAAAUUACCUAGUAUGAGAGUUUUAAUUUUAAAAACGGUUUGAUGUUUUUAAACCGUUCUAAAGUAUUUAUAUAACAAGAAUAAGUUAACUUAUCCUAAAUUUCAAAAUGAUUUAAUUUAAAACUGUUUAAACGUCAUUAUUAUUAGGUAAUUAAUGUAUUAAUAACUAUUAUACAAUCAUACCUACCUAUAUAGCGUUUGUGUAUGUUAUAAAAUAUCUAUUUAUAAAUUUACUAAUAUAAAUUACUAAUAAAAACUGAAAAAUAGCUGAAUACCAAUUAUAAUAUAAUAAUAUAUUAAUAUAGGUAUUAUAUUAUAUAGUCAAGCGUUUGCAGUUUUUUCUUACAAAAUAUCAAUUGGAUUCAAACUAAAUUGAUAAUAGUUAUUUUAUAAUACGAUUAUUUCAUAGUACACUUGAUACAUUUUAAUUAGAAAGUUCUGAGAAUAAAAAUAAAACAAUAGUAAAUAAUACGUUUAUUGCACAAGCAUAAUAAGACAUAUAGAUUAAAAAUUACUAUCUAAUAAGCUUUUAUAAUCAAAUUUUUUUUUUUAUCCAUAAUAGGUACUGUAGUUUUGCUUUUUUUUUGAAAAUAAUUUAUUAAUAUAUUUUUUAGAAGAUUGCUCUAUAUGUUUUUUUGAAAACACUUUUUUGAUAUAUGAUAAGAUCUGAUAUUUUCACGCAAUUUGUGCAUAUAUAUUUUCACAUUAUAAUUAACAAGAUUCGUUUUCUAAUGGAUUUAAAUAUUGAAUAAACCGAGGACAAAAUUGGUUUUACUAUUGAUGUGUUUUUUUUUGUCUAAACAAAUUUUCCACCAGAAAUGUUGCUCCAAUCCAAAAAUUUAUUGAAACUUCUUGUAGAAUCUUCAAUCUAUUUGGUCCAUUGAAGAGGUGGUUUAUUUGUUUUUCCUUGUAGUUUUCCUAAUAAAUGAAAAAACUGACAAUGUUUUAUCUGAGUACCAAGGUAACAAGGGAAAAAAUAAGCCUAAUAACUCACUACUCAGAAUCGUUUUUCAUUAGCAGCGGUUUAUCGAAUAAAUUAAAUUACACUUCAUUGUAUAUUCCCUCUUUCAAUUUCCAUAUUAAAGCAUUAGUACCCGCAUUUUGCAAUAAUUUAUCAAUAAUACAUUCACUAUAUAAAUGAAACUAUAAUAAAUAUACCUUGCAAACUUCCCACUUACUACAAUGGCCUAUUCAUGAUGCGAAGUACGUCCUACUUUUACAAAUUAUAAUACAAUUUUAAUGAUUUAAUACGAAUAAAAAGUCUAUUUAUGAUCUAUGGAUUUGAACAAAUAAACAUUUUAUACUAAAAAAGGGUAGGCUAUGAUUAGAGUAAUUUAAUUUAUAGUUACAAGCAAAGAUAAAUCAUUGUUAAUAAAAAAUAUUUCUGAGCAUAGUUUAGGGAUAAGGUAAUACGCUCUUCAACUUUUUUUAAAAUUACUUAUCACUAAUCAACCUUAUCGUAAAACUGCUAUCAUAUUUGCUUGACCAAAACAAUGUUUAUCUAUAAAAAACUAAAACAAAAAAUCUAGAAAAUGUCAAAUGCCUAUGAAUAAUUUAAAAAUUGCCAAAAUGUUUUGAACAUUUUACUACGUCUAUAAAGCAUUAUAAUAUACCUUAGUAUCUUGUGCAAAUUGCAGGUAUCUACAAUUAUUUUCAACCAAAUUCAAACACUAGGUAUUGAAGAUAAUAAAAACGUUUUAGUAGUAAAUUUUCUCGAUUUUUCUGCGUUUUCUCCUAAUUAUUAAACUAUGAGAAAAAAACACGCACACAUACACACAUAAUAUUAUAAUAGUAAAACCAAUACACUCGCUACGUUCAAAAUCUAAAUGUCUAUAUCUAUAUCUAUAUCUAAAUGUCUAUUGAUGGACAAGUUAAUAUCAGAACAUUCUAAAACUCCGUCGGUUGUCGUCUACUAUUUUCGACACAUUUAUUGGCGACACCUAGGGGUACGGUUGGACGAGGGAGUAAGGCUGUCGCUCGGAUUUCUCGCGGUAUAAACAACAUGGCUCCCGCAAUUAUCAUUUUAUUAGUCGUCUUAAAAUACUCGUGCAAUAUCCACGAGUCCAUCCAUUUCAUUCCGAAAAAUCUACAUAGAUAUUUUAUAUGAAUACAAUAUCUAUACGUUUUCUAUAUCUAUCGUUUAUUUAUCUAUAUGUGGUUUUCUUUUGUUAUCUUAUUCAUAAUCAAAGACAAGAUUUCCCAAGUUAUAAACUAUUUACUCUAUUAUGAUAAGUAUAAGUUUAAGUAUAGUUGAAAUUAAAUUCUUGAAAUAAGUGAAAAACAGACUAUAUUGAAAAAAAAUAUAGAAAAAAAAAUGGUGCUUUUUAAAAUUUUUCAUUUAAUUAGACAAUUUUUCUGGUAAAAAUUGUCUAAAGAAAAAAAAAUAACAUUGUAAAACCAUUACAUUCCUCGCUCCAUUCAGAAUCUAAAAUUUGAAUAAUAAAUAUUCUAUACAUUUAACAAAAUAUAUUUAAUUAAAAUCCACUCAAUUUUUCGUUUUCAAUAAUUUAUCAUUUUUUGUUAUAAAUGAUACCCCACGAAGAUUAUACCAGCUGUAGUAUUUAAUAGGUAAUCACUUUUAGUAAAAAUCUUUAAAAAAAAUAACUCUUUAUUUUAUUGUUUUUGAAAAAUUUGAAGAUAAAAGAUAAAGGUUGUUUAAAAACUGUCCUCAAAUCAAAGCCGUUAAAAUUAAUAUAAACUUUAAAUGUACACGUUCCAACCAGUUUCACAAAGAAUAGGUAAUUUUCAGAAUAUCUUUAUCUUUUCAGAAUAGUUUAAUAGAAGUUAGUUCUUUUCUUCCAAGAUAUUAGGAAUUUUUAAAGUUUAUUUAAUUUUCUUUCAUAUGUAAAUAUUACUUUCUGAUAACAACAACCGAAAAUAUUUUGUCAUAUAAUUUUUAAUUUUUAACGAAAAUAAUUUUAUUUUUAAAAUUAUAUCGUAAUUUUUUAAUUAUAAUUUACACAUAAUAUUAUCAAAACACUAUUAUAGAAAUCUUACUAUAUUAUUUUUAAGCAAUUUGUAAAAUAAUAAGAUAAAAUUAAUAAUAUAAUAAUACUUAUCAAUAAUAUUUCAUUGAUUGUAUAUUUAAUUUUUGAUAAUAUGUGUAAUAUAGUACCUUAUAAUGUCUAGAGCUAUACAAAUCUUAUUUUCGAUAAUUCCUAAUUAAUUACAAUUAUAGUAAAACAAAUAAUAGCAAUGCAGAUAAAUAUAUAACAUGUUAUCGAUUUAAACCAAAAUACUUAUUACAAAGUAUUAUUGAUUAUUAUGUUAUGAAUAUUUUAUUAAUAAUUGAGGAGUAAUAAAUUAUUUAGUAAUUCCGAAUUCGUGCAUUAUAAAUAGUAUUAAUAUACAUAUACGAGGUACGUCCAGAAAGUAAGUUCCGUUUUCUAUUUUUAUCGCGUUUGCGAUGUUAUCUUAAUUACGGUCAUAUCCGAUUAUUUCAUUUACUAUUUGGAACAUUUUAAAACCAUUCCGUGACUAGAUAGUGUACGUACGUCACGUGGCAAGUGUUUUAAAAUGGAUAAACGAAUAGAAAAUUCCGCCACAUGUGAGUUACGAUCUGUGAUUCGUUUUUUAAAUGCAAAGAAUAUCAAACCAGUUGAUAUUCAUCGUCAAAUUUGUGAAGUUUAUGAAAAAAAUGCGAUGAGUGAUUCAAUGGUUAGGAGAUGGGUGCGACUUUUCAAUGAAGGCCGUACAAAUGUUCACGAUGAAGAACGAACUGGGUGACCAUCUUUGGUNAAAAAAAAAUUCAUGAAAACAGAAGGUUCACCAUGACGUCAUAAUCAAUACAUUUCCCUUAAAUUUCCCGUUCUCUUCUUCAUGAAAUUGUGUCAAUAAAAUUGAAUUUUCGAAAAUUGUGCGCACGUUGGGUGCCGAAAAUUCUUACUGAUGAACACAGAGUGAAAAGUCAGGGUAGUGCACUUCAAUUUUUGUCACGAUACGAAGAAGACGGUGAUAACUUUUUAAGCCGUAUUGUCACAGGGGACGAGACUUGGGUUUCGCAUGUCACCCCUGAAUCAAAACAACAAAGUAUGGAGUGGAGACAUACGAUAUCGCCAUCAACGAAAAAAAGCAAACAGACACUGACUACUCGAAAAAUCAUGUGCACGGUGUUUUGGGACAGACAAGGAGUUUUGUUAGUGGACUUUUUACCGCGUGGUCAAACAAUCAACGCAAAUUCUUAUUGCGAGACGCUUAAAAAACUACGUAGUGCAAUAAAAAAUAAACGACGAGGUAUGCUUAGCCGUGGCAUUGUUUUCAUCCACGACAAUGCCCGCCCGCACAUAGUAAAUGUGACGAAACAACUUCUUGCAGAUUUUGCAUGGGAACAAUUUAAUCAUCCACCCUACAGUCCAGAUUUGGCACCCAGUGUUUUUCAUCUUUUUUUACACAUGAAAUCAUUUAUGGGUGGCCAGAACUUCAACGAAGAUGAUGAGGUGAAAAAGGCUGUUAGCGCAUGGUUACAAUCACAGGCGUCAUCUUUCUAUGAUGANGAUAAGUGCUUAAACAAUGGUGGUAACUAUGUUGAAAAAUAAAGUAAUACAUGUAUUUUAUAUUCAAAUAAAAUUUAUAAUAAAAUUUACACAUUUACAUGUUUUUAUUGCCCAACGGAACUUACUUUCUGUACGUUAAAUUUAAUUUCAGCGCAUUAAUAUUAUACGUUAUGUAUUAUAUAAUGUUUAAUAUAAUUUUUACACAUUAUAUAUACAAUAAAAUAAAUAUUAGUUUUUUUUUUUUAAGUUAAGAUUUAUUAUAUUCUGUUCUCGAGAUGAUUUCUAUAUUUUUUUUUAUAAUAAGUACAAAAUGGUUGAUCGUAUGCAAAUAUUUUACAUAACUUAUUUUGUAGGCAAUUAAAUUUUGUAUAAAAUGUAUAAAAACGUUCUACAUGAUUUCCAAUCGUUUAUCAAAUAUACUCAAAUAACUGUAAAAAAACUAUUUUCCGAAUAAACGAAAUAAAUCGUGUUUUAUUUUUAUUUCUUGGAUAAUAAUGAUUUUAUCGAACAAUGUGUAAAUGGUUUUUUAUAGGCAAUUAAAAGAUCUAUCAAAAAGUCAAUGAACAGUUUUACGAUAAAUACAAUAGUUUUUUACUUAAAUUCAAAAAAACCAUAAAACUACACAAUUUGGAAAUUGUUCAACCCUCUUGCGGCACGUGAAAGGGUGAGUUAUCAAAACCACUUGCAAAAACAAAAACAUUAUUAUUAGCAUAAUAGGAUAACACUGCGUAGUAACCCACACGAGGGCUGAAUACUUAAUCCGGUUAAAUCCAAAUUCCAGAUUAAACGGACCGGAUUGAAAAAAUGAUAAAAAUCAUUAUAAUCCGGAUUACUAUGAUCGGAUUGAUGGUUUAAUUAGGUAUCUGGAAUAUGAUUCAAUUUUUAAAAAAUUUAAUUAAUUUUACGGCAGAGUUAAUAUACUAUCUAUAUUUUUCAGGGCCUAAAAUAAAUCAGAUUUCAGGGUAUACGUUUUUUAAUUCAAUUGUUAGCCUCGACAGAUUUCCACAGAAAAAAAAUAAAACUGUGGGGUAGUCAAAGCUCCCCCCCACACCACCCCUUUAAACAUUCACACUUACCUUUCUCACGUUUAUAUUAUUUAUAAAAAGGUCGGACAAAAAGUUAUCAACGCAAAAUAAAAGUUCAAAAUAUUUUACUAUUAUAAAACAACUUAAAAUGACUAGCAUUUAUUAAUUAGAGUGAGGUCAUUAAUUGAUCGAUAUUUUAAUCAGUUUUUCUUCGAAAAAAAACAUUAAAAUAAUAAUAAGUUGUUGCGUUCACGAAUUCACGACUACCUAUAAUUAUUAUGGAUACAAGGUGGGUUUAUAUCGAUCCAUUUCAUACAUAUAAAUAUAACUGUGGGUAAAAACUCCUCUAAAAUGUCUUCCUUCACUAUGUUUUUUAAAAUCAAGUUUUUCAUUCAACAAUAUACAAAAUCGCUAAUACCGCAGAAUAAAAUACAAUUUAAUUUGAUCAAAAAUCAUUUAUUCAGUAAUAAUUGUGACAGUACUAUAAUUAAAAUCAAUAUGUACUAUCCCCUCCAGUUAUAUUAAAUACAUACAAUUUUAAUAAAUAUAUACCUAUAUCCAUUAUCUUUUUAUAAUAGAUGUCUGUGUGUCAAGGUCUUAUAUACAAUAAGACAAUACAGAUAAAAUACUACUAUAUAAGGCACUCGCUUAAUAAACGGUCAUUUAAACUGAUAUAAGGAAAAUUCUGGUCCAAAAGGGUUGUGUUUCAGAAAAAUUUGGUCCGAACGGGUCCUGCGCGCGCCACUGAGUCCGUGGACCGCGGUUAAGGAUUAUGAUAUUCGUGUGUAAAAAUUUGAUAGAGAUUGCUAGUUUGUUGUCAAUUUAAAUCGAGUUAAACAAAUUCGGAUUACAUUAAAAACGAAUAUAUUUUAUGAAACGCGGUACACACAUUUGUAAUUCGGGGGGGGGGAUAGAGGGCGCACAUUUGUAAUUCGGGAGACACGCCGGGGAUAUUCUCUUUGUCGAAGUGUCAUCCGCGCCCCGAUGGACAUUUUCGUCUCGUAUCGUUCAGCUCACUUUUUUUUUCUUCUUCUAUACGCGUAGGUAUAUAGGUACACGAAUAAUAAUUAUUAUCGUCGGGACGAUUUCUCGUCCCUCCCGAGGUUUUUUUUUUUUCAUUCUUUCUGGCGCGCCUCCGUGCUCCGUCGCCGGCGACGAUUAAUUUCAACGUACAUACGUAUUAUGCGUAUACGACCGGCCGCGUGUAUUAUUAUUAUUAUUAUUAUUAUUAUACGGCCGCGAACGCGAUAAUGUAUAGUACGUUUUUUUGCCGCCGCAGUGACAAUAAUAAUAAUAAUAAUAAUAUUACGUAACGGCGACGUUUUAUUUUUACGAUUAUCAAUCUUCGUACGCGUCAUUAUACCGUGCAGCAUAUACGUAUUAUACAUACAUAAUAUCAUAUGCGUAUAUAUAUAUAUAUAUAUUUUAUAUAUAUAUAUAUAUAUAUAUUACAUACGUACUCACGUACACGCGUACCACAUACAUGCGUAUACGUACAAACGUGAAACGAUCGCUGGUAAGCGCGUCUCUCUAUUAUGCACAGUACUCGACGGCAGCCAUCCGAGUCCCCCGGCCCGGCCCUCCCUGCCACGGCGUAAUGGAUUCGUAAAUGACGCGUACCGCCCCUCGGCGGCGGCACAUACGCGCGAGCCCGCUGGACGGGUACAGAGUCGGGCGAUUGUGUGUAAUUAUUUUCUUGGCUCGCCCGCCGAAUGUCCGUUCGUCCCGCCGCCGACGCGCCUACGCUCUCGCUCAUAAUAAUAUUAAUAUAUUUAUACGCUCGCGUGAAACGUGAAAACGGAAUAAUAAUAAUGAUAAGAAAAAAAAUUAAAAAAUAAAAAACAAAUUACAACAGACCUAAAUAUUAAUGUUAUAUAAACGCGGUUGUAUACGGUCGCGGAUACCGGAACUAUUGUUCUGCGGUUCUCGUCCCGGCCCGGACUAAGGUUUGUGGGGGCCCGCGGGUCCGUAUUCGUAAGAGUUCUAUUAAAAUGGAACAAAUAAGGAGGGGAGGGAGAAACGCUAUCACUUAAUUUUUAUAUUCUCGAAAUAAGGUAUGGUGUAUGUUUAAAUCUAACUUAUAGAAAAAGAAAAAAAAACAAAUAUUCCAUUCAACUCGUCGUAAUAUAAGUCAAUAAAAGCAAUAUUGUAUAGUAUAUAUAUAUACAUCAAAAUGCAUCCUAUGAUCUUCCCGGGGACAUGCCUUCCUGGACGCCUUUAAUUCAGGUCCAUUCUCGCCGUGUCCGGAUGUUACUUACGUGUCUACGCCUGUAUAUCCGUAUUGGUUCCCGGGAGGUUAAAUACGAUAUAACGAUAUAACAUCGAAAUAACCGUUCGCACCGCAUUGCCGUUCGUAUAGCGUUGUCGACACGAAUUGAGAUGUGUAUAUCUUAAUCCGUGGUCGUCAGUAAAGAUUACGUCCUCUGCAAGGUCAGUGGUGUAGCGAGGGAUUUAAGUGCUUUGGGGCCAGUUCAGGUUUCCCGUCCUAGCUAAUUAAUCGAUUUCUUCUUAGGAUAUAUUUAUUUUAAAUUCUUCACAUGAUGAAAAUCGUAGAAAUUCAAAAUACAUCAAUAUUAUAUUACAAUAUUUUGAAUUAAAAAUACAUUAUAUAUUAAAAUUAUACGAAUUACAAUGACUUUUUUAGUAUCCCGAGCAGUUGUCCGUGUUCCACUGUUCUUAUAGCAACGCGCCACUCGUCUUGGUUUAAAGUUUCAUCGUCACUUUUAUACAAAAUUCGACCCGAUUCCGGCUUCCUGCGGAAAAGGCGUGUAAAUAUUUAAAAUUUUUUAUAUAUUUCGAGAUAAUAUUUUUUAGUACGUUAAAUACAAUCCUCGCCACCCUCCAAAUCUAAAAAUCGAAGUAUUUGUAUAACCAUAAAAAUGUUUUCCGGGAAAACAAAAAAUAUACAUCUCUGUAAAACUCUUCGUUAUACUCAGAAUUUAAAAUCACAUCUACGAAAAAUUAAAACUAGAUAGCGGCACCUUGCGGCUAGCAUAAAAUUGGUUUAGCAAAGCACCCCUCAAACUUCCCGGACAAGUCAUUGGCCGAUCGAUUCAAUAUUAUCCGGCGAAAUAAUUUAAUACGGGGUCAUCAAUUUAUCAUAAGACAUUCGUUAUCUCGGAAAUUAUUUACUUUUUCCGGAAUUUGUUUUCUAGAAUAUUUAAGAAACAAGCUGCUCUACAAUUAUAUAUUUAUAUUAUUUUUUAUCUCCCUUUUUUGGGUGUGAAGGAGGGGGUAAAACCACUACCUGCUUAUGAUUUUCAAACGGCAACCUAUAUUAAAAAAAAUCUAUACAUCGAUGGAGUAUUAGUGAAAAUAAAUUUUAGUGUUGAAAUUUUUGAUUUCUGUCAGUCCUUUGACGAAAUAUUCCACUUUUAAUUUUGGAUUGGAGGAGAGUAGUGGAAUAUCAUCUGUGUAGCGGUACGAUGCGUAGAGUGUUAAUAAUGCACCACCACUCUCCCCCAACCCAAACUUAAAAGUGGAAUAUUUCGUCAAAGGACUGACAGAAAUCAAAAAUUUCAACACUAAAAUUUAUUUUCACUAAUACUCCAUCGAUUUAUAGAUUUUUUUAAUAUAGGUUGCUAUUUAAAAAUCAAAAGUAUGAAGUGGUUUUACCCCCAGAAAUAGGGGUCACAAAAAAUAACAUAAUUAUAAAAUUGUAGAACAGCUUGUUUCUUAAAUAUUCUAGAAAACAAAUUCCGGAAAAAGUAAAUACUUCCCGUGAUAACGAAUGUCUUAUGAUAGAUUGAUUACCCUGUACAUGAUUCGGUCUACAUGGCAUUAUCACAAAAUAUAUUAUUUGUGUUGUACACGCGUCGACAACUUAACGAUAUUGUAAUAUAUACAUAGAUUAUUAUUUAUAUAGUAUUAUAAUUAUUAUAACACCGAUCUUAAAAAAAUGAAAAUAAUAUCUAAAGUAUAAUAUUUGCCUGUUAAUAUAAUAUUUAUAAUAUUUUGUUGAUAAAAUAUCGACCGUUCUCGGACAAUGUACACAAUACACAUAGAUAUAGAAUAUUACAUCGGUAAUUCUGCGUAUGGCCAUGACUCAUAUUAUAUUUGCACUUCAUUAUAAAAUAUGUUGAUAGGUUUUUUUUAUACAUAGAUUUCAAUACGUGUAUGAUCAUUUCGUACAAUAUCCUUAACGACUAUUUGGAAUAAUCCGUUAUAACAAUUUUUUCCAAGUUAAUGACAUUCAUACAUGAGAUGUUCUACGUGAUUGAGUGAUUCGUAAACCAAUAUUAUUCGGAGCUUAAAAAUUAUUUACAAUAUCAAUAAUAUAAUACAAUGAUACUUGUUAGUGACUUACACUUUGUAUGAAUUGGGAACGGGGGGGGGGGAAAUAAACAGAACAGAUACAAAUAUAUAGACGAUAUAGUUUUACCCUGUUACGACAAGUAUUCGAUGCAUAUAGCUAUAGGUGAUAUCAAAAUUGAUCUAUCCGGACACAAAACUACUUGCAGACACCUCCUGCAGUGGUAUAUCAAGAAGAACAUUUUUUCUCGAGUAGAUCCGACUUGCAUCACGGCGACUAAAAUGAAACUAACUGAAAUAUUGGUUUGUAUAUUCCACUCAUACGAGAGGGAGAAAUUAUCGGAAUAUUUAUUUUUCGGUUAAAAAAAAAGCCUAUUCCAGAAUGCAAGGGGGGGGGGGGGUUAAGGACUUUAUAACCUCUUCCCGAAAUAUCACUGAUAAUUUUUUUUUAUGUGGUUUAAAAAAUGUAUAAUGUAGUUUGCAGUUAUAUGUUAGCUAUAAUUCAUUUAACGCUCAUUAUUUCGUAAAAUAUUGAUUAUAUUCAAAAACAUUUUUUCGAAAAUUUAAGAAACUGUAGCAGCUCUAAAAUGUUAGAUCGCCAUUAUUUUUCAUUACCCUUCUGCCAUAUAAAUGAUGCGCCACUACUCUAAAUUUAAACAUAAAAGUAGAACAUACUAAUACUCCAUAUAUUUAUAGAAUUUUUAAUGUAUAUGUAGGCUGUCAUUUGAAAAUCAAAAGUAAGUAGUCGUUUCACCCCUCAAAAAUAAGAGUGACAAAAAAUAGUGGCAUUAUAAAGUACUACAGUUUGUUUCUUAAAUUGUCAAUACUUUGCGUAAUAAUUUUUACGUUAAAUAAAUCAAUAAAUUAUGUUUUAAUAAUCCAGUGUUUACUGUAUUCUUAAAACAUAAAGGUGCUCACAAACCAGAGCGAUAGCGGCAUCAGUAGCGGGUAGCGAAAUUUCUGUAGUAACUGGACGAAAUAAAAUAUCGCUGACCCAACUUAACCAAAGUGAAAUAUUACAGCAAAAUCGCGCGGUAGUAAUUAAAGGUCUUCUACAGUAUUUAAUUUGUAUAAUGUAUUAAUUUUCCAUAACUAUUGUAUUAUACCUAUCCGAACUACGCUUACUUUAUAUUUUCUAUCUUAAACAUGUAACUCACCUGAUCAGUGCUUAUUUAUUUCAGAUUUGUGUCAUCAUGAUGGACAAUCAUUAUAUUGAUGAUAACGAUAAUACUUUAAUAGUAUACAAUAACGUACAAUAACGAACAAACUAAAUUAAUACGCCGAGUACCUACGUAUCUAUAAUAAUUUCAGAACAUUUAUCAUCAAGGUAUGUAUCGGAUUACACGUAAACGUAUAGCUUAAAAGUAGAUAAAAAUUAAUUUAUUGAUAUUACGAAAGAUAUUCAACACAAUGUUCUGUCGUAUAUAUAAUUAUUAACUGACUACAAUUUUCAGUUAGUAAAUUCAUUUACCGCGGUGAUAAGCGAAAUAAUAGUGCAUGCAGCGAAAAAACUAAUUUCGCUGCAGGUCUUGCGGUAAAAAUUUACCGCCCCGAAAAAUUUCGCUUUAAUAUGAAGUCUCAUUUAAAUGUAUGAAAACAAGCUUUUUCUAACGCUGUAGUUUGUGAACACCUUAAUACAUUUUCUAAUCAUCUGAUUAAUUUAUGGUGAAUUAAUUAAUUUUAAAGUGAAGAGAGUCUUGAAAGGUUGAAUAUCCCUUCUGAUAUUAUUUCCGACUAUGCUACUACCAGAAUAAUAUUUUUAUAUCUACGGAGCUGAAUUAAGUGAGUGUCGUAACCCCAUCCCCCAAGCCACGGAACUUGACCCCGGCUGUAUCCCCAGGUCGUAGAGUUUCGCUUUUUUUUUGUUAUUUUAAUUUUUUUUAGAUUUUGAGUAUAGCGAAGAAGCUAUUAAUUUUUCUCGAAAAAUCUUAUUUUGUUUGGGAAAAACGCUCUGACGUUCACGUGAAUCUUAAAAAAUGCUAAUUGUUCGUUUGAUGACACUUUAUUCGUAACAUUUAUUGACAUUUUCAGAGAUUUUCAAUCAAGUCCGUUUUUUUAGUUUUUGAAACUAUUCAAGUACCUCAUCAUUUUAAUAUAUAUAUAUAUAUAUAUAUUAUAAUAAUAUUUUACUGGCAUAAUAUGACGACUUCCGGCAGUACUAAAAAAUAAAAUAUACACCGAGUAAAAAUUAAUAAAGACGAAAUUGUAGACGUCCAAGUAUAUAUAUACUUACUUUAUUGGCCGCGAUAAUCUCCGUUGAAAGAAAUCGGCAGGUAACGAACAUUUCGUGCCUCCCAGUGCAGCGCCACCGGGGGGGAGGGGGGUGCCACAAUAUAUUCGUCGCGCCAAUGUACGUGCGAAUAUCCGUGUGCCGUAAAGUCGUAACGCGCACAAACAAUUUCAUAAUAAAUGCUUACGACUCAAUAACCGUGUAAAUUAUGUGCAAUAUAUUAUUAUAUAGCCGUGCUGUUUUUUUUUUUUAAUGAGAAACACGAUCCGUCCGUGUAACCCGACCCUGGGACGGCGGCUGUUGCGGCGGUGGCGGCAGCGGAGGCGGUAGUCUAAACAAUAUUACAAUAAAAUAUUCACUCUAAAACAAUAUAAAAUAACGCAUACGAGUAUAUCGCGUACAGGCCAGUUUUGCGUGUGUGUGUGUAUAUUGUAUAUUAAUACUGUAAAUGCAAAAGUUUCUGACAAUGUUUGGAUGUUAGUGACUCAAACGCGCGCCAAAACGGCUGAACGGAUUUUAAUGAAAUUUUUCCGCGCAUAGAUGGCCGAAAUAUACAUUCAGGUUUAUAACACAUAUAUAGGAUACUUUUCAACAUAGCACAUUAACUACUCGUUAUGGUAAAAUAAAUGAAACAAUAAAACGGUUAUUAUUGAAGAAACGCGAGGCGACAAGAAGACAACGCGGGAUACACGUGUUAAUUCUUUACUUUUUCUCCAUCAAAUACCUUGCAGGAUAUAAAAAAAAAUAAACGGGGUUUUUAAAAUUUAGAAACUUGAAUCUUUGCACAGAGGUUCAUUAUACAUUACAGGUUGUUAAGGUAACUGCUAAAAAAAAGCCUUUUUUUUAAAUUUAACCACUAUUAAGGAUGGCUGACGCAUGGUUUUUUUUUACAAAAAUAGAAUUUUGUUUUGACAAUUACUAAACGACAUUAUGAAAUAAUACCUAAAUGUCCUAACCUAUAUAUGACGUUCUAAAUGGUUUAAGUCGUAUAAUCAAAUUGUAUUAUGAUUUAUGUUUUUUUGCCAUACGAAAAAUACAUGGUACUGACAGGAGAUAUUUGAAUUUUUCUUAUAAAAUGUAUUAGAAUAUACAUACACUUAUGACUUAAGGAAUUUAGACCGACAAAUAAAAUUAAUAAAAAUUACAUAAGAAAAACCCCGAAAAUUCUCUUAAUUCUCUUUUGAAAAACUUAGUUUCUUCCUCCUCGGGGCCAAAGAUUUAUGUAUAUAUAUUAUAUAUUUAUUUGUAUUUGAAUAACAUAAUGUUUUUAAAUUUUUUUUAUUCGAAUUUUCGAAUUUUCCGUUAUAACGGGAAAAAAAAUCGGUCCCUUGGAGUUCGUUGUAACGGGAACUUACUGUAUACAGAAAUUGAGUGAAAUUGGAUCUAGCUAAUGAAACAACUACAAUGAACAAGCUGAUCCAUUAAGGUAGAUCACCUUAUCAUCUCGAAAAAUAUUCAAUUUUGUGCACUAUUCAAACGUCCCUCUCCGUCCCGCCGUACAAAUAAAUGUGCCUUUAUAUAACUCUCUGCUUACAUACCCAAACUUAAAAGUAGAAUAUCUCGUCAAAGAGUGCACAGAAAUCAAAAAUGUCAAUACCAAAAUCAAUUUAAACUAAUAUUCCUCCUACAUUAUUAAUACAUAUAAGUAGUCAUUUAAAAAUCAAAAGUAGAUAUAAUGAUUUUACUCUCUAAAAUAAAAGUGACAAAAAUUACCAGUAAUGUAAAAUUGUAGAGCUGCUCGUUAAUACGAUAAAAUAUCCACGUAGUUUUUGUCAGUAAUCCUUAAUAUAUUUAUAUAAUAAUAACAUCACUGUAGGUGAUGUAGGUUUUAAGGAAACGUAAAUAACAUAUUUCAAAUGUAAAUACAUAAAGUAUAGUAGUCUUAUAUAUUACAAGAUUAUAGUCUUAUAAUCUUAUAGUCAGUUUGUCAUUGUUCGUCGUUCUCCGCUUCAUUAUUUUAAAUACUAUUAUAAAUCAUUGUUUUUUUUUUUUUGCGUAUGUACAACUUUUUUUAUAAAAAUGUAUGUUUAAAGCAAAAUGCCUCAAAUUGUAUAUUAAUUAUUUUAAAAGUCACAACUCACUGCAAUAACAAAAAAAGUAUAUUGAGUAUUAUACAUUUUUGACGAAUUUUCAUUUUAUACUUACUUAAUGUAACGUUUGAUAUAUUUUAACUGAAAUCAAAUCAAAUAAUUAUGUAUAACAAUUAAAGAAGUGUAUGAAAUAACUAUAUAAAUAUUAUGUGGUUAAGAGGAUGUUACACUUGUAUUUACUUUAUCAGUCCAACUAACUAACAAAAUAGUAAAACCAAUAUUCCCCAAUAUUUCUAAUAUAUUAUAAUAUUUUAAACUGUUUUUCUAAAUAAGUAGCAACCGAAUAAUUAUAUUUAAUUAUUUUCAUAUUGAGCACCUGACCAUCUCUAAACAUAAAAUAAAAUCGAAAAGCAGCAGCUUCUUAAAGAUCGUGUUCGUUUCGUAACGGAAGCAUGUGGUUUUGCUAUGUUGCUCGUUAGUCAGACUGAUACAAUAGAUACGGGUAUGACAUCCUCUUAAAGUAUAACAUCAAUAAUAUUUUUUUUCCAAUAUUUUAUUAUUAUUAUUAUGUAAUAAAUUUUUAAAAUGGACUUUUCUUAUCCGUGACAAAUGUACAAAAAUUAAUUAAUAUUUAAUCGUUAUUGGUUUGGAUUGUUACUAUCAAAAUAUCGGGGAAAAUAAUUUCGGAAAAUAAAUGUGUUGCGAUAUGCCAGGACACAAAAAAACAUAUUAACAAAUAAGUGAUGAAAUUAAAAAAGAAUAGAAAAACCAUGUGUUCGGGAUUCGAACCCUAGACCGCUAGAGCGGAAUAUAUAGUGUGAAUGCCAUUGCGUAAGCGUAUUUACAGAGCACGAAAAUAAUUUUCAGUAGAUUUAAAAUAAUGAUACAGUCUGUUUAAAAAAAAAAAUUAUUUUCAGAUUUUUAAAAUGUUAAAAGUAUAAAAUAAGAUGAAAAAUGUUUGUGACCUAUAACCGUAAUGUAAGGAAGUUAAUAGAGGAACAAAACAUUUGCAGAAAACCAGUCGAAGUCCGGUCCAAUAUUUUUUGAGAUUUUCGCGACUAAAUAGAUCAUAACCAUUUUCUCUAAAGUAUACAACAUCUAAGAAAUAUAAUCUUUAUUGUGAUAUGUUUUUCACUGUCGAAACCUAUUGAUAAACACUACAGGACAUUUAUCAGUGGACCGGCGCCUAUAUAUAUAAAAUGGCCUGCACUAAAGAGGACACCAUAUCCGCAUUUAUACUACCUUACUGCCUUAUAGUUUAUAUAACUAUAUUUAUAAGUAUCACAAUGGAUGACAUAGCAAAAUUACGUUACUUGUCGUACCUUAUGUCGUGUAGAUAGUGGUUAAACACUCGCAAUGUUUUUCUUUGCUGUUGUUAUCAGAUUUUAAACUCUAAAAUUUCAUCCUAAAAAGAAAAUAUGUAGUAUACGUAAGUAUAACAGUAUAUUAUAAGGGUAAAGUAUAAUAUAAGGUACGUUGCUAAAAAAUUAUAAAACCGUUUAUGUUUUUUUUUUGAUAACUGUAGCUUUUUUCGUGAAUAUGUGAGUAUAAUUGGGUGGCAUGCUUUUCGCCCAAAACGUAGUAUUAUAAACUAGUUCGCCCAAAUUAAAUACAAAUUUUCGACUACGAUAUCACGCUCAACAUUUUGGAAACCAAUUUUCAAAAUUAUUUACGUUCAAUAUUUGCUUAUUAUUUCUAAGUAUAAUUUACUAUUUGUAAAAAAUAUUUGAAUAAAGUAAUUUAGCAUUCAGAGAGCACCACCACCACCACCACCACAAAGAAUAGAUAAAAAAUAUAAUUGUAUAUUAAAAAAUAACAAAAUAAAAAGUUAUUGUGUUUUUAAGCAUAAUAACAUUUUUUGGAGAUUAGUAUAGAAGCCGCUUCACUGUAAUGCUCUCUUGGUUAAUGCUAUAUGACUUUAUUAAACUAUUGAAAAAUACUUAAGAAGUACCUUACAAUGAACAAUAAACAAAUAUAAGUAAAUAUAAAACAAAAAAUGGUUUUAUGAAUGGUUCUCAAAAUAUUAAACGUGAAACUACGGUCGAAAAGAGUGAAUUAAAUUUGGGCGAUUAGAGGAAAUUAACUUAUUAUAUUUGGACGAAAGAGGUCAGUCCAUCAUAGUUUAAAAAUUUUUAUGUCGAGAAAAAAACUCGACAUAAAAGUGAUAGCAAAAUGAAGGUGUUAUAUCCUCUAAAGGUGGUAUUUAUGCAAUAAAUUUUGAGUAGAGUCAAAACUCAAAAAAUGUUUAUAUUACAAUAAAAUCGCGAAUGUUGAAAUUUAAUACAAUACUAUUAUUAAUAGGUAUUUUUAUGUAUUAUACCACGCGUGAAAUGCCUGUAUUUUCGUGUUCUUUUGAUGCCAAAAUAAAACGUGAUUUCCCCUCCUCCCCCUAUAGUCGACUAUACGUUGAGUGUAUUUUAUGUGCAGUACAUAUAUAUACGCAAAUAUACGCAUUAACUAAUCUUGUCAAUUCCCGCGGAACGCUAUAUUAUUAUCAUUAUUAUUAUUAUUAUUAUUAUUAUUAUUAUUAUUAUUAUUAUUAUUAUAACGUGCUAAUGCAUCUUCUGUUGGAACACUAUCAAAGAAAUAAUAACCCUUUCAGCGCGAAAUUAUAUUUUCACUCGGGUACAUUAAUAUACUGGUAAUGUAAUAUUAUACACCCAGUUGCAUUAUAUUAUUAUUUUACAAACGGACCGGACGCAUUUAUACUUGUUUAAUUGUUUUUCGUAUAAUAUAUACUCGUAUAGUUAUCGAUUUUAUAGAAAUGGCAUUUUAUUCGAAAAAACAACGUAAUUGACCUAAACGAGUUGUUAAUUAUUUAGAUCGAACAAACGUUUUAAACACCAAAAUAUUUGAAAUUAUUUUUAUUUUUUUUAAUUAUCUAUUUAUAACGUUUCGCGUAUUUUAUGUACCACUAAUUAUCUCAGCUGAUGACUUUAGAUUUAAAUUGAGUUUCCGGGAGAUAAUGGUAUCUAAAUACACACUUUGAGAUCGUUUUCAGUUUUUUAACUCUUGUACACAAGCGCAAUUAAAAUUAAUUUUUUUUAACAGCAACCCUUAUUUUUGUCACCAAAUAUGAAAACUUUUUCGAUCCUUCCACCAUGGUCAUAAACCUAAAAUUCACUGCGAGUUACAACUUUUCAGAAUUUGAAAACAAGUUUGAUUUUUUUUGACACUGGAAGCGUGUUUUGGAAAUAAUUGAGGAAAUUUGAAACAUUUUAUAAGAUAGUAAAUUAUAAAAUAAAUGAAAAUAAUACGUUAUAAAGUAACUAUAAUUCUAUUUUAUAAAACAAAUUUUUAAAUUCGUGAAUAAUUCGUAAUUCAAAUUUAAAAUAAUUAAAAAUUCGUUAUUAAAAUACGGAAAUUUCAAUUUUUUGUUUCAUAUAAGUUAUAUGCACAAGGACAAAAAGUUAUUAUACAUUUAUACAUUGAUGAGUUUGUUCAUGGAAUAAUUAAAUGAGCAACUCGAAUAUAGAUUGGGAUGCAAUCGUGAAUACAUGUUAAAUUGCUCUUAAAGGUAUUGUUUUUGUAUCUGAAAUUGAAAUGCUAAAGAUAUAUAUAUACAUAUACAUGUUAAAUAUAUUUGAUUUGCGUUUUAUGCUUUAUCCAUUGGAUUUUAAAAUAAAUAACUUAUAAUCAUUUGAAAUGUUUUGAAGAAUAAAUGACAUGAUAUGUAUUAUACAUAUGUCGUCGAGUUGUCAUCCAAAGCUAUCUACGGUUCUGAAUUAGUCGAUAUCACCCAGUAAAUUAAUUAAUGUAGAUUAACACAACAAUAACCAUUAUAUAACUUUUAAAUUACAAAAUCGCACUAUUUACAAAUAAAGUAUAAAUGAGUGGCCUUAUCACGAAUACCGGUCAUAUACAAAUUAUACUCUUUCUUUAGAUUUCGGUCGAUUCUCCGUACCAUAGGAGCCUAACUUAACUAAAGUAGAUGAUUUUAAAAACCUGUUUAACCUUUAACCAAACAGCUGAUAUCUCCGAUUCGUCGAAAAAAAAUGUAUAUAUUUAUUAUAAAAUAUUAUGUAUACAAUUGUGUAUUUAUUUAACCUUUAUCACGUGGUUUGUAUUACGUAUCUACGCAGACACGCGGUGGUACAAUUUGUUUAGAAGUUAUAUUAUAGCUAUUAUAGUUCUGUAUUUAUUUUUGAUUUUUUUUAAUAGGUAUUUACUUUAAUUUUAUUAUACCUUUGUAAAUUGUCCCAACCAACGGUAGACGGUGUAGGAAAAAUAUAUGAAAAAAUAAUACCAAAUGAUAACUGAACAAUAUUCUGGGAAACACUUUACAUAAUAAUAUGAUUUAUAUUAAAAAAAAAUAUUCUAACAUGCAAUUGUUGAUAGAUAAUUAAUUAUUAUUAUUAUUAUUUUUAGUUAAAAAGUUAACAAAACGUUUAAUUUGAUUUAUUUUUUAUUUCAACCAGUUUAUGGUUUUAUGAUGAAAGAAAAUAAAAAAAAAAAAAUUUUUUUUUAAUUGGUGGGUUAAUUUAAAUACUUUAUAUAAACACUACAAUAACAGUAACACUGAAAUGGACACUGAAAAUCUACUUAACAAUACGACGGUCGAAAAUAAAAAAAACAGUGUCGAAAAAAGAAAUUCAAAUGUUUAACAUUAAUUAGUUUACUGAUUUUGUAAUGCAGGAGUGUCUAAUAUGUGAUCGUUAUUUGCAGGAUCACAGCACCGGCCAAUGCUACUGGAACCAAGACACGGUGGCGGAGGGAGUGGCGGAGGUGGACAAGACUCUCAACAACAACAACAACAACAACAGCAGAUGCUCUUGUUGCAUCAACAACAGCAUCAACUACACCAACAACAACCACACCAGCAACAGCACCACAUGCAACAGCACGACCAAACCGUUCAAAAUCACAACCAACAGCAGCAGCAGCAACAGCAGCAGCAAAACCAUCAUGAUCAUCACCAACUCCACGAAUUACACCAUCACCAUAAUUUACAACAACACCAACAGAACUUACAGCACCAACAACAGCAACAGUACGGCGAAGUGAACCAAUUGGGCGGCGUUUUCGUCAACGGUCGGCCGCUUCCGAACGCCGUGCGCGUACGCAUCGUCGAAUUGGCCCGUGUGGGCAUCCGGCCGUGCGACAUAAGUCGGCAGCUGCGAGUAUCGCACGGUUGCGUUUCGAAGAUUCUCGCCCGGUACCACGAGACGGGCAGCGUCUUGCCGGGAGCCAUAGGCGGCAGCAAGCCACGCGUUACCACGCCUAGGGUGGUUGCGUACAUUGGCCGGUUGAAGCGCAAAGAUCCGGGCGUGUUCGCGUGGGAGAUCCGGGAUCGGUUGCUCGCCGACGGGGUUUGUGAUAAGUUCAACGUGCCCAGCGUGUCCAGCAUAAGCCGGAUCCUGCGCAAUAAAAUCGGCUCGUCCGGCAGUAGCAGCAGCGGCGGCGGCGGUGCCGGAGGACCUACACAAACCACUUCACCGCAGCAGCCCGCUGUGGCCGCUGUCGUCGGCUUAUCACCCACGGCCGCAGCGCACCACGUGUACGGCCCUUACCAUCACGGCUACCCUAACCACCAAGUCUCUUCUCCGCCGACCACGGCGGUGGCAGCGGCGGCGGCCGCGGCGGCGGGAUAUCACCUCAAUCAUCAUCAACACGGCCAGUAUCACCACGAUUACCAUCAACACCACCAACUCUACACCAAUCACUAUCAACAGCAUCAUCUUUGUUCGCCGCCGCCGGGUUUACAUACCGCGGUGUUUCCGACGGCGGCGGUGGCCGGUCCGAUGUGUUGUUCACCGCCACCGCCGACGGGGCCGUCCAGAAUCGCGUCGGCUCCUCAGUCACCGGUACCGUCGCCGCACCCCGCGCUGCAGCACUGUUGGCCAAGUCCGCACGCGGUCACCGAUAUACUCGCGGCGGCCGCGGCCGCUCAAAAGCAGCACCACCAUCAACACUUGCAUCCGUCGCACGCCCAUCCGGCGCUGCACCCGUCCCAACAUCAUCCGGCCGGUCAUUACGGAGUCGGCGGGCCCGCGGUCAAUAGUGCUGGCGGCGGCGGCGGCGGCGGCAAUGACGCCUCAAUGGCCGCGGCGAACUACGAGGGUACGACCGGCGGGAGUGCGGCCGCCGCGGCCGCCGCCGCCGCCGCGUACAACACAUACUGCAGCAGCUAUUAUCAUCACGCCAUGGUGUACGCGGCGUCGGCCGCGGGCAGCAUCGCGGCCGUCGGACGGCACCCGUCGCACCAUCUCACCGCGACGCAGCCGUGUUCGGCGGCCACCGAGGCCGUGUGGCCGGGCGCGAUAGCGCCGCCGCCGCCGCCUCCGCGAACGCACGCGCCUCCGUGUACGCCGCCGCCGCCGCCGCCGUCGUCGUCGUCCACGCCUUCGACCGCCGCGUAGGGCAGUUCAUCGCCGUUCGUCCGGAGAAUCCGGGACACCGCAGGCGCGUGGACGAGUGCGAACUGCCGCGGUGGACUUUCCGGCCCGACAUUUCGUCACACAUUUUUUUUAUUGCGUACUCGUACUGUUAUCAUUGUAUUAUUGUUAAGCAAAUAGUAUUAUUGGCCGCGGACGUUCCGGGCGACGUCGCAAUAACGUAAUCUCCCUGCGGUCGGUUACGCGCGCGCGUGACGCACUCGAAUGCGACGGGACGACGUUCCGUUUCUCCGGGAACCGCCGCGAAAAACCAACCGAGAAACGCGUAUUUGCAGACGGCCGCCGCGGUAGUACCGUUCCGAAACGGGUCGUAAACCGCGGAAAAAAACCGAAAAACAAUCGAAUGUCCCCGUAGGCGUGCGCCGAGAACGAGCGAACCGCGCGGACGCAACGUAUCGUUAGCGUCGCGAUUCAUUUUUGUUUCGAUAUUGUUCCGCAUCUAGCCGUCUCUUUUACAUUUCACUCGGCGCUCUAUUUCCGUCGUUUUUGAACCGAAUUGAACUGUCGAAGACCGCCGCACCGAAAAAAACAAAUCAAAAACGGUCGUUUGUCGUUUGACUUCGCCCCGGGGUUCGAAACACGUUCGCGCCACGUCUAUUACGUCCGACUACGGGCUACAGUAUAACAUUAUGUGGACCGGUCUAUUUGUAAAUUUUUUUUCCCGUCCGCCCGACGACACGAAUCCUUUCAUUUUUCGUUCGCAUCAUUAUUGCGUGACCUCUAUACGAUUUAUACGAAUUUUGCGAUUUCGGGCGUAGGUAUCGUAUUUUUACUACCGUUUUUAUUAUUGUCAAAAUAAUAACAUUAAUUUUACUAUAUACACGACUCUGUACUAUAUAUAAACGAGUGUGCCGUCUGUCCGAGACGUCUGCGGCGGCGUAAAUUAUAUAUAAACUAUACUUGUUUGUUGUUGUUGCGUCCACCACCUCCCUUUUUUUUUUCGCUACAGCCGUCGCAGGUGUUUACCGCCAAGGGCUAACGCGAAAAAAAAUCUUUCGAGAGCGGUAUAAUGCUCGGCACAAAAACGUGUCGCAUUCGACUGUAAUUGUACCGGCGUUAUUUAAUUAAUAAAUAAUUAUAAAAUUAUUGAAAACUCUAAUACACAAUUACAGAAUAAUUUAUGUUAUUAUAUUGCAUAUAACGGUAUAAAACGAUAAUUUUAUUGUACGAUUAUUGUUACAGCCAUUGUACGGCAAAAAAAUGUACAGCUUAUUUAUAUUAUUUCAUUAUUUUAUAUCUACACCGAAAGUUAUCGGCAAGAUAUAUUCGUUUUUCUACGUCUUAAUAUUAUUCCUCAUAAUGUAUUUUUUAAUGCAUAUAAAUCGAUUUCCCUCCCUCCCCCUUAGUUAUUUAACUUCUGUAACUUCUAUAACUUUUUGUAAAUUAAUGCCUUUUCGAACAAAAUAUAGUAAUAAGUUGAAUUAAUUAAUUUUUUUUUCGUUAUAAAACAAUAACGGUUCGAUUAAUAUUAUUAAUGUAAUGAUGUAAUCAAUGGGCGAAUUGUAAGUUCUCGCACUAGAUAUAGCGGGUGAAAAUCAUUCGGAGGUAUUGCAUACGUAAGUUCCAAUAGUAAAUACAAUUUCCUUUCCAUUUUAUAUUGGGAAUGACCACUUAAUCAGAACUAUCACUGGACCAAACACUAUGGGCGAGGAAACGUGCUAUUAUCAUCUAUGUACGUAAUUACUCGCUGUAGUCAAAUCGCAAAAUAAAAUUCGUUAUUAUUUUCUGGUUAUUUCAGUACUUACGCAUACAAAUGUGAAAUUAUAACAAUAACGUAAAUAAUUAGAAACGUGUCUUAAAACUAUAUAGACUACUGCGGGCUAAUGGAAAAUUUCGUAUUUUUGUCGUCCGAUUUUCCGCCACCAGUUGUCGUACGUCGCAAACACGUUAUAAUUUUACCAACGCUUUAUACAAAUAUUGUAAUAAUAAUAUAAUAUUAUACACAUAAAAUUAUAUUGUCGGUUAUGAUAUUUUCAAAUACCUCUUUGAGAACAUUCACUUCUGUUUCCCCCCUCCCUUCCAAUAAUAUUUUGUUUAAUAUGCAUGUCGCCUUCUCUCUGGUUUCUAAUGUUUGUUUUGUUUGUUCGAAUUAUCUACCCACUUAUAUUAUGUAAUAUUAUUGGGAUUUUAUUUAUAAAAAAAAAAAUAUAUUGUUCAAAACAUUUUUUUAUAAACUCUAUAUUAUAACAGUAUACCUAUAUAUAUAUAUAUUUUUUUUUAUGAAAUAAAAAUUAUUUAUUGUACAAUA